CAGAAUCUACUCUUUACACGAGCUGAUUAUUCACCCGCAAUAACCACUCUUGCCUAAAGUCGUAAGAUUUGCAGAACAACAGAACAUAUGUUCUAGACCAACUGUUAUCUUCAUUUUGUGUUUCAUUUUGACCUUUUGACCUUUCUGAUCUUUUUGAUCCCUCUAUUCAGGUAGAUUGUCGGCUUCUUGAAGUCGCAUCACUCGUCUACUUUCCACAAUGUCUUCAUCAGAGACGACCAUCGCGAGCUCUGCUUCUAUCGAAUCUGGCAUGCCGCCGCAACUUAUAAGAGAUUGCGCAUUACUAAAGUCACCCCGGGGACCAAUCAUUGCCUCAGCCACGUCGCUGAGCAAGGCCGCGCAAGUUUCUACUCAGUUGCUAGCCAUUAGACCGUCGGACGAGAGCUCCUAGUGUGGGUUUUCAUUAGACUUUUCUCUUGGUCGUGAGCAGAGGGCCAACGAAGAGGCUGGUUUUGGGGUUCGAUACCACCGCGAUCCGACUUAUCAUAAAACGGUCCUAAAUGACCGACAUAGGAUCGAAGUCAAGUUCCCUCGAUCGCAAACGAUGAUUUGCAUCAAGGACGCCGACGAUGACCUCCUCAACCUGUUUCCUGGUGUGAAAGGAAACGAAUUCAGUCUCGUGACCUUUCAUCUGAAGGAGAACAGUCAAGUAACUGUCUGCGGAUUUGGUAUACCGUUUACCAAUCAUCAAGAUCCACAAAUGGGGAGAUCAUUCGACGGCAAUCUCCCUGUCAACGAACAUAUCAAUGUCGUAGACAUUCUCGAAGCGAGGAGUUUUAACUUCUUUGUUAACACUUCGAGUUGUGUACUUCACGCGAUCUUGUACCUUGAGGACUCUCCACAUCCUCGUUAUCCCUAUGGUACUAGUCACAGUUGGAACGAAUUAAAGUACAAAAACCAAUUUGAGAGCAUCAAGAGCGCAGACGCGUUCCCGGAAGCGUAUUGUUUCGGGAACGACAAUGACCACUUGACAGCAGUCUCCCAGUCGGUCGUGCAAGAUGCAUUUUGGCUACAAGUCGCGCGGGACCAGAUUGCUCAGAACCGUCAGCCAGCUUACUUUGUCAAAGCCAGUGGGGCAGCCAAUGGGGGUAUUGAGAUUCGAUACCUUAUCUUCCUACAUGAAGGUAUCCCAGAUACGUUUAAGGAUGCCUGGCGUCGACUUACAAAGGAAGCUCGGUUGAAAGUCGAGCUUUAUGACUGCUAUGAAGAUCUAGAGCCCGCAGCCAGAUGGGACUGUGAUAUUGUCAGUCACCCCGAGUCGAUUCGGGCUUUGGGAACUCAUUCUAUUGAUAGACAGAAGGACUUAGUUCUUGCUGUGCGCCUCCCAGUACAGGGGGCUAAGACGUCUAUUCGGAUCGCGAUGAAGACGUUCUUGGGUCGCUCCCUGGCGAAUCAUUCGCUGAAGAAAGGGAGAGAGUAUUGGAAUUGCGCCGCAUUGCGAUUCGGAUCCCAACUUGAAGAUUGCGAGCGUCGUAUCAAUUCCGUCUGUCAGUUCCGACCAAAUGCGACCACUUCGAAUCCCGGCGCCUGCGGCAUGCUCGAAGCCAAUGACAUGCCAUCCGAAGAGAGAGCCUGCAAAGUGGCCCAGAUCGAAGAUACCAUGGAUCUGCAUCGGGCACUCGUACGAGGUAACGGGUUUUACGACUGGAUGACACGCCCGGGAACAGACAUAGUCGACUCCAUGAAGGCAGUCAGCCUACAAAGCCAGCCCACACUGCGCGCUCUGCCUACUGAGAACUUUCUCGAUACCGUGGAUCCCAAGUUCGCCGAUGCACUGAUCGAAGAACUUCUACCUGAGGACCGUAAUCGCUUCCGACAGUACCUGAGCGAUCGUCCGCUCUCUCUCGGUUUGAUCACAGCUGCUCCGGGCUAUGGAAAGACCAGUAUCAUAUCGGUUGCUGCAAUUGCUAUGCACGCCAAAUUCGGACGCAUUCUAUGUUCUGGACCAACCAAUGUUGCGGUAUCCAACUUUGCGGACCGCAUAUAUAGAAUUGCCGCAUCAACCUGCACCAGGUACAACCAGGGCAAGGCUCCAGACGACGUGUCCCGCAAGCGUCGCCAACUCGUGGUCCGAGCCUAUAAAGACAGUGAUGAGGUUGCGGCAAUUGCAUUUCUCCUCCAGCAUCCCCAAGACGGCGACCUCGCGGUUCAGAAGAACCGACCGCUCUCAUUUUCCAAAUGGAAGCUAGAUCUGUCUCUCGCCUUCUGGGUGCUGGCGGUGUUGAGGUCGCGCAGCGUCCGACAACUCGACCCCGAUGAUUGCCUAGGUUUGCACAAUCUACGUCGGAAGAUCGACGAGUCUAAGGGCAUGGAGAAGAUUCGUGCCGUCGCAAUGGGCCAGAUUUCCUGGCAAGAGUACAUCAGUUCGGGUCCCGACACUGCCGGCAAGAUCCGUUGCAUCUUGCAAGAACUGUUUCCUUUGAUCGACAUGCUCUGCACCACCCCAGCGAUGACCGUGAAUUGCAGACCGUAUGCUAGAUGGAAGGCCGACAAGGCAAUGGGUGUUGCAAUCGACGAGGCCGCUGCUAUGCACCGUGCCGAUCUCUAUACUGUAUGGGGCAACACCCUCUUGCCCUGCUUCCUAGGAGGGGAUCCGCAGCAGCUUCCUCCGGCAGUGAUGACAGAGAGGGAGAAGGAUUCUGAAGGGAACCUCCGCAAUCGCUUUGCCUCGACGGGAAAGAUUUCGGCAUUAGAGUCGUUCCAGGCCAUGGGCUGGCCAACCUUCCGCAUGCGAACCCAGCUGCGGAUGGCCCGUGGCUUAUUUGACGCGGUCUCUAGGACCAUAUACGACAUGGCACCAAGGUAUCACGACUCAUGUGAUAUAAACAGCAAGAAGUUCGCGGCCGGGCGUAUUUUAGAGGCGUAUAUUACCUGCGCAUACCCUUCAGUCACUCCCUCCGUGCAGGGAACGCUCAGCCCGUUUUUCAUCCAUUGCGAGGGCACAAAGGUUUCGGUGAAUCCCGCUACCGGCUCGAAGAAGAGCGUGGACCAAGUCAGAAUCGCCCUAGACUUUGCAAACGAUCUAGUCGAAGACACAGGGGUUGAUGCCUCUCAAAUCAUAGUCCUCACGCCGUACUCGGCCAACGUCGAGCUCAUCCAGGAGCUCAUUAAGCAACCAAGAUACGAGGCACUCUCGGACAUCGGCCGUCCGUCGACGAUCGACGGCUACCAGGGCCAAGAGCGGGACAUUGUGAUCGUGGUCAUGGGCACUUCUGCUAAAUCUGGCCCCGGUUUCACUUCGAACAAGCAACGACUUAACGUCUUGCUUACCCGACAGCGAUGCGGGCUCGUUAUCGUUGGGGACAUAAAUGCGACCAAGACCAUGGGCCAGGCCAAGGUGAAUCGGUUUGGUAGUAGACCCAGCCCGUUACAGGAAAUCUAUUCGGCGGUGAGCAGGGCAGGAAGAGUGGUGAGGGUAAAUGUACAGGAGGAAGGAUACUAGAUGGAAACUGAGGGCAUAUGUAACCAGAAUGUACUGAAGGGGGAAGCAUAGUAAGGAAGGAAAGUGCAACGAACACUCCUACUGAAGGGCUAUAGAGGCUUUUCUUAUUAAUAAUAACGCCUCUUACUCUA